ACUAGAUCGCGGCAUCCGAGUUGAGCUGAUAUGGAGAAGCACGCUAAACCGCGUUGGGCCACCAGCUCUCCGUCGAAGAUCCGCCCAUUUCAGAUUCUGAUGGCACGAUCUUGUCUUGCAACUACACAGCUGGAGCUACAAUGGGUCCUGUGUUCCUCUCUUUUGUGUUCUCAGCGUGUUGAGUCUACCGUUGUGAAGCUGCACAAUGGUGGCCGCUCAUUUCUCAGUCGUCACCCGGCGGGCGACGCAACAGAUGGCCUCAGCAUCGAGGCUAGCUGCCCAGAGAUACCUACGCAGUUGUUCCCAUAGAACAGACCUAAAAUACUUUCGCUCAUUCUCAGCGACAGCUUCUGCACUACAGAGCUCGGAUCUUGACAGAACACGGAACAUUGGUAUCAUUGCUCACAUCGAUGCUGGCAAAACUACCACCACGGAGCGCAUGCUCUACUAUUCCGGUUUCACUCGAAGGAUAGGAGAUGUGGAUGAUGGAUCGACUGUUACAGACUUCCUUCCAGCAGAACGAGCAAGAGGAAUUACCAUACAGUCAGCUGCCAUCACUUUCCACUGGCCGCCUCAAUCAGCGGGUGAUACAGGCGCCCUCAGUCCUGAAGAUCUGAAAGCCAAAGGGCUGCCCAGAUCUGCUACUCCUCAUACCAUAAACCUCAUAGAUACCCCAGGACAUGCAGAUUUCACCUUCGAAGUCGUGCGGUCGUUGCGGAUCUUGGACGGGGCGGUAUGUAUCUUGGACGGCGUCGCCGGAGUGGAAGCCCAGACAGAGCAGGUCUGGCAUCAAGCAAGUAACUAUCGCAUUCCCAGGAUUAUCUAUGUCAACAAACUAGACCGUGACGGUGCUGCUUUUGGAAGGACGGUAAAGGAGGUUGGCACGAGAUUGGCAGGUUGGCCUGCUGUCUGCCAGAUUCCCUGGUUUGAAGGGGGUAAUGGUCGCUUUACCGGUGUGGCAGACGCUAUUUCUUUGCAAGGUCUAUUAUGGCCCGAGGGCGGCGAUGGAAAAGCAGUUAAGAUGUUCAGCCUUGAGCAGCUGAAGGAAACAGACGACCGACUUGCCGCAGAACUGGAGCGCGCUCGCAUCGCCCUCAUCGAGCUUCUGAGUGAGCAUGAUGAGGUUAUCGUUGAAAAGUUUUUUGAAUGCGAGGAGGACCAUCUUGCAGUCAAGCCCUUGGACAUUCUGGACAGCUUGCGAAGGUGUCUUCAGACAGAGGGCAACAAGAUCAUUCCUGUCUUUGCAGGUGCCAGCUUCCGCAAUAUGGGAGUCCAGCCUCUGUUGGAUGCAGUUGUGAAUUUGUUGCCCAGCCCAGCUGAAACCGCUGACCCAGAAGUGAGCAUUGGCAAUGUCAAGGGUAGCCUGCAGCGUCUUCUCAGUGGUGACCUUAUAAUCGAGGAGAGCCAAAAGUCUGGCAUAAGAGGCAAGCAAAAGAAAAAGGCUAUUUCUCAGGCCGAAGCCCAGAAUCCAAUCUCUAAACUUCAAGGUUGCGCACUGGCUUUCAAGGUCGUCAACGAUGCUAAGCGGGGAGUGCUGGUUUAUAUCCGCGUCUAUUCUGGGUCGAUUGAUCGCAACUCCCCUCUUUUCAAUACUAACCUAAAUGUCUCCGAACGCGCACCUCGCCUUCUGAAGAUGUAUGCGAAUGAUGCUGUCGAGGUCGACUCCAUUCCAGCUGGACAUAUCGGAGUCGUGGUUGGCCUGAAACAAGCUCGUACGGGUGAUACGUUGAUUUCGUAUGCCGGAAACAAAGCUACACCACCUGAGCCAUUGAACACACUACAGCUACGUCCGAUAGACGUUCCACCGCCCGUCUUCUUCGCCAGUGUUGAGCCACACAGCUUGGGCGAGGAGAAGAAUGUCCAUGAAGCUCUUGCUGUGCUCUUGCGGGAGGAUCCCAGUCUCCACGUUACCAUUGAUGAAGACUCCGGACAGACGCUGCUGAGCGGUAUGGGCGAACUGCAUCUUGAGAUUGCUCGCGAUCGAUUGAUCAACGAUCUCAAAGCCAAAGCCACCAUGGGCCGUAUUGAGAUCGGAUAUAGAGAGUGUGCCCUGGGUCAAUCAAUCCCAAUCACAUCCAUUUACGACAAGGAGAUUGCUGGUCGCCGUGGGAAGGCAGGGUGCGCCGCCAUUGUUGAGCCCUUUGAUCCAAUGGAGCCAGAUACAUCUGAACCUCCAGAAGAUGCUAUCCUAAUGGAGACACGAGACGGAAACCAGAUAGUCAUCCGUGCUCCCGGAUUGGACAUCGAGAAGGACCGCAAGGGAACAGAAGAGAGCCGGUCACUACCAUCCCACCUGGAUGUGCAAACUCUCCGUACGUCCCUCUACAACGGAUGUCUAGCUGCCUUGGCCCGUGGCCCACAGUUUUCCUUCCCCAUGCACAGCACCAAAGUGACUCUUACGUUCGACCCGGUCGAACAUGUCUUCGGUAACGAUACCACACCAUCUGCGCUGUCAUCUGCCGCUCGUCUCGCCACGCAGUCCGCUCUGAAAGACCUGUUGACGAGCUCUGGCGGGGGAACGUCCCUCAUGGAACCCGUCAUGAACGUCAUCAUCAGCGUCGACGAAGCCAGUCUCGGUGCCGUCGUGCACGACAUCUCCUCAGCCCGCGGCGGCCACAUCGUUUCUCUCGACGAAGAAAUCUCUAUCUCAUCUACGGCCGUCUCCUCAUCCCCUCAACCGAUCGAGGAAGCAAUCACUAUCGACGAGAGCAAGAUCUACGCCCCUCCAGACCCCUUCGGCACAGCCAGUGUCGGCGCAUCUAUCCCUUCCUCGACGAACCAGCCGCGCACAAUUACUGCCAAAGUCCCCUUGAAGGAAAUGGUCGGUUACUUGAAGCACCUCCGUAGCUUGACCUCGGGUAGAGGAACGUUCGUCAUGAGUAUCGAUAGAUUCGAUCGAGUCAGCGGACCGCGGCAGAAAGCUGUUCUGUCAGAGUUGCAGGGUAUAUAUCAAUAGCCAGCUACCUAAUGCAAUGUUGGAUAACAGAUAAUGAUUGAAUAGCCCCCAAAAGCAAAAGAAAGCAUGUAUAAUAGACGAAUGAACAAUGUAUGAUAGGACUCACUCACGACUCGAUUUACCAUCGUCUUUGCAUAUGCUAGCACUAGCUACAUAUAAGUGUGGACAACGCACAUCUUAGACAAUCUGAAAUAUCCUCCCCGAAGAAAGCUACUUCAAAAUAACCCGGUGAACCAAUGCCAGGCAGCAACAAAGGACAUCAUAGCCAGAGAAGCAAAAUACAUUUAAAUACCCCUUCAAAUAUGAAAAACAAUAUAUUCUAAGAAUGAAUCCC